AUGGGCCUUCUUGUCCAACUUGUCCUGAUUUUCGCUGCGUUGGCACCAGCUGCAGCUUUGGCACCGAAGGUGAAGGAUGGCAGUUCGAGAAGUCAAACUGUCUCAGUUGAUGCCAUGAAAGCAGGCAGAAAAUAUAUGCUCACUUCCUUCCCACAGCUAAAGCAAGUAGCCUACACAGUGCUUCCAGACAAUGUUUGGCGCCCACUAGUAUUAGGAGACGUUGCAAGCCCAACUGCAAUCGCAGUUGAUCCUUUGUCGUCUAGACUCUUUGUAGCAGAUCCGCCCAAGAAUAUCAUUUGGUGGUAUCAACUCGGGGCAACAAACAAAGGUUUGCUACAGACGGUGGGGCGACAACGUGCUGCAGUUGAAGGCUUUAGCGCCCAUUGGCUGGCAGUGAAUGGUGCAGGCGAUUUGUACUUCAGUGGUCAUCCGGCACCAAAGGCUGGAAGCAACGGCACAGUCGAUGCGAUUUGGAGGCUUGACAAUGAGCAGAUUGUGAAUGGAGAUACAUUCAAUCCAACAGAGAUCUACACCAGAGCCAAUACAGGACAACCAGAUCCCAAAGUGUGGGAACUUUCAGGAAUUGCUGUCGACUCCUUCUUUAUAUUUUGGGGAAACCAGGCAGGUGGAACAAAGCAUGGUUCCGUCAGCAAGGGGACUCGUGCCAACAUUGGAUUGCAAUCUCAAGAUAUGUUUGUGACGACCUUGGACGAUGCACUAGAAGAGGUCCGUGGUUUGACAACAUCCGGCACGGAAGUGUUUUGGCUUUCACGCGAAGGAGUCUACGGACAGAGUAAGACAACGUCUUCAAAAGUCUCAGAUCCACAGGUUGGUUUGAUCUCCCCUCCACAUUCUUUGGAUUGGAAUCCAAUGAGCAUAGCGUGGGAUGGAAGUAGCCAAUUGUAUUUCACCGAUGCUGCUGACGGUGCUGUGUACACUACCCCAUCACUCUUGUCGAUGCAGCAGGAAAUGUCCAAGUUUGCUGAUGCGCCGUACUGCCACGGCAUUGCCAUUCUGCUGGGCACACAAGGUUCCAACUGA